GGGGCGGCCGCGGUGGCUUCAAGGGUGGCAAGAAAGUGACGGUGGGAGCCACAUCGGCACGAAGGCGUGUUCAUCUGCCGGGGGCCGUGAGGAUGCGCUGGGUGACACGGAACCUGGUGCCGGGGGAGUCAGUGUACGGGGGAGAAACGGAGAUCGCGGUGGAGGACGGUGACACCAAGGUGGAGUACCGUGCCUGGAACCCCUUCCGCUCCAAGUUGGCGGCCGCCAUCUUGGGUGGCAUCGACCAGAUCCACAUCCGGCCGGGGACCAAGGUCCUGUACCUGGGCGCCGCCUCGGGGACAACAGUUUCCCACGUCUCCGACAUCGUGGGGCCGGAGGGGCUGGUUUAUGCCGUCGAGUUCUCCCACCGCUCAGGCCGGGACCUCAUCAACGUGGCCAAGAAACGCACCAACGUCAUCCCGGUCAUUGAGGACGCCCGGCAACCCCACUCUUGGAGGCAUUUGGUGGGCAUGGUGGAUGUGAUCUUCGCCGACGUGGCACAGCCCGACCAGACGCGCAUCGUGGCCCUCAACGCCCACAACUUCCUGCGCAACGGUGGCCACUUUGUCAUCUCCAUCAAGGUAAGCCACCAGUAUGGGCUAGUAUGCACCAGUAUGGAUCAGUAUGCACCA